AUGGACGGUCUUAUUUCGAUUCUCUUUCUCACUACUUGGAUUGUGCUGAGUGCCAGUGGUGAAUCACUAUUUUCACUGGCUUGUUCCCAAGCUAAUCAGACGUGUACGCUGUACAGAAUCGAUAUUGAUCAAUCCGGUGGUCGUGCUAUAUCAAAUGAAAUGGCUCAGUGGCAUCAACUGAAUGUGAUUGAUGGAUUUGGAUCUGUAGCUGGAUUUAAGAACGCAAAUACACCGUUGAUUAUUAUGACUACAGCUUGUGAUUCUCAUGCAAAUCUUAUCAAUCUCAACCAGGUAUCUCAAUCAUUAGUGCCUGUAAUGAUGAAAACGUCAUGCACUCAACCAAUGCAUCCAUUAGGAAGCAGGUAUAUAUUGGGAUUGGGUACAAUGCCAAAUGACGUUGGUGGUUCAUAUCCUAUAUCGUUAUAUGUGUUUGAUGCAAUAUCGGGUGAAUGGAAUCAAGAUAUUGUCAAUUUUGGCACGACAUUUGCUGGUUCGUAUCAAGUACUACAUCCACAAACAGGUUUUGCAGUUUUGAAUUUAAAUAUGCGUGAACCUUUUUUUAAUGUGAUACUCUACAAUUUAGUUAAUGAAACACGUCACAUGUUAUCAAUUAGUAUUGAAACCGGUCGAUGGACAUUGAAGCAAAUUAGUAAUAAUUUAUUACGUAAUUUUGCAUUUUCGACAGUGAUAAAUGCACCAGUAAGUGACUGCUUUUUGGGUGGUAUAUGUCUCUUAAAUCCAGAAAAUUAUCAAUGGGAUUUAUUUCUACCAAUUCCAAAUUUCACUAGUAUCAUGGACUGGACAUUUUCAGUUGAUAAACAAUUUAUGUAUUUUAUUAGCAAGAAAAAUGUCACUAUUGUUGACUUAUCGAAUAAUCUAUCGUUUCAUUAUCGUAUAUUACCAUUAAUCGAACAGAGUGGCGACAUUCAUGGUAUCGACAAAACAGUAGUGUUCGAUAUGGAUUGA